AUGGAUGAUGUGAAGCCUGUAUCCACUCCCCUUGCUGCAAAUGAGAAAAUUCGAAAAGAUGGUACUGAAAGAUUCAAAGAUCCUGCAUUAUAUCACAGUGUUGUAGGUGUUUUACAAUACUUAUAUCUCACUAGACCUGAUAUAUCCAUUUUUGUCAACAAGGUCUGUCAAUAUGCGCAUGACCCUUUUAUUGAACAUUGGGAGCUUGUCAAGAUGAUUAUCAGGUAUCUAAAAACAACAGUGGGCUAUGUUCUUCAUCUGGGUGCCUCUCGUAAUUACUCUCUCCAUGCGUAUUCAGAUGCUGACUGGGCUGGCAGUCUGGAUGAUUGUCGUUCGACGAGUGGCUAUUGUAUUUAUUUUCGUGGGAAUCUGAUUUCAUGGAGCUCUAGGAAGCAGAAGACAGUAUCUAAGUCGAGUACGGAGGCUGAAUAUCGAGGUGUGGCGAUUGAAACUUCUGAGAUUAUCUGGAUUCAGUCCUUGCUUCAAGAACUUGGCUUCAACAUAUCAACACCCUUUUAUGGUGUGACAACCUAG